AUGAACGAAACUUUAUUGUUCGCUUGUUUACGUAUGGAAAUUUUGAUAUCACCACUAUGCACACAUACACACAUCAUCACACAUGUAGAUGAAAGCAAGAUGGGUACAGUGUCAGGUCACAUAAAAGGAAAUAAUCAAUGUUGCGUAGACAUGAACCUGCUGUUCAAACUUUUCAAGAAAAUGUGA